AAGUCACACAGUCUUUGAAUGAGACCUGGGAAGGCUUCAUGUUUAUGGUUGUACUGUACUGACAGUAUUCAACGGACUCUGCAUGUGCCGGUAGACUCACAAUGGAGUUUGCUUGUGGAUUUGUUUAUGUGCCGCCAUCAGUGACUCAGAAGGACGGCCAACGAUCUCAUGUCAUUAAACGCUCAGCUCUUCUUCCUCCUGUUAACCUUCGUCCUCGCAGUCCUCCCCCUCCGCCUCCAACAAACUCUGCUGAAGCCAAAUUACCAAAGUCACCCCAAUCUGGCCCAAAGGUCAUUGAACAGCUGGAAAACAGCAAGGAAGUAAAGCUGUGAAGCCAACUCCUUUUUAUGGCAUAUGCUGAAUUCACAUAAAGUGGGGCAGCAUCAUCCAGAAGUAUACCUGCUCAGCAGACAUCUCGAAAAACAGCUCUUCUUCCACCACAUAUGAGACCUUCAGCAAAAAGUCAGUCCCUUCCCUACAGCCAGCCACUCCUUUCCUCCAACACCAACAGUCAGGCCGUUACCUACGACCUCCCGAAUGAGCCAGAUUUGAAUGUACGUCCAUGGGACCCAAACUACUCGUACACCACACCCGAAGGCACAGGGGUCGAGGUGAAGCUGCCAACUGAUACGAGCAAAGGGACGGCUCAGGUACCAGUUUCCCACCCCCUUCCUCCGAGACCUUCGUUCUUGAAGUUAAUCCCAGAGUACCUGGUGCUGUUUCCUGCACCCAACUCAUCUCCAUCAACAUCUCGGAAAUCACUCUCGGACACAUCACUUGUCCGAUCACCUAGUAGAUCAGCAGAUACGGGGCCUCUGCCUGGGAAUCCCAAUGUGCUCCUUGUCAGUUUAGGGAAAUUGCUCUCGGAAGAAAGAGCGCCGAACCCGCAAGGAGAACCGACCUCAUGCUCCGAAUGCGGCUCUGUGCUGGACUCCUGCUAUGACAAUGUGGUUAAUGGGUGUUACUUCUGUCAGCCCUGGGAGCAGACCAGCACUCCCAGUAUGCCACAGUGUGACCAGGAUGUUCUCUUUUUGCUACGUCCUGAUGAGAAGCCCAUGUGUGCUGCUGACGCGCUGCUGCUCUUCUUGCAUCGACAUCUCGGCUCAUGAGGCAUCACCUCGCAGGUGUCAGAGGGAGAACAUGUGGUCCACAAAACUCGUCUCCAGUUUGUUCAGGAAGCCGUGGUGCAGUGUGUUCAGCGAGUGAGUGAGCAGAAACCUGACAUGCGAGUCGGACUCAUCACCUUCAACAAUCAGGUGACAAUGCAUGGAAAUGAGAAUUUCACGUCACAUUCCCUGAGCGGUGCUGAGUUAACUGACCGCAACUUUCUGAAAGAGACUGCAGCCGGUGUCCCAACUCCACCGCCACUCUCACAGACCAAGGAUUACUUACAGAGACAAGUCAUGGAAUUAUCUGACGGUGGGACCACAGCUCUUGGUCCUGCUGCGCUCCUGACGAUUGCGAUAGCCUCCAGACAUCCAGGGUCCAAAGUGAUUAUCUGUACAGAUGGAAAGGCCAACACAGAGUUGGGGAAUCUAGAGGUAGAGGAUAAUGAUGCUCGCACUCUCCUCUCGUCCACCAUAUUCUACCAGGACCUGGGGGAUUAUGCUGCCAAUCAGGGUGUGACAGUGUCUGUGCUGUCCAUAGAGGGAACAGACUGCAGGCUGGAUGAGCUGGGAAGACUCGCUGAUCGCACUGGAGGGAAAGUGGUGAUAGCAAGUCCCAAAAGGUUGCACCAAGAGUUUGAACAGAUGAUUGAGAACAGGAUGAUAGCUACACAUUGCACUGUCACAUUACUGCUGCCCCAAUUACUGCGUACGAGAGGGGAGAAGGAGGCAGAACACAAAGGGACCAGAGAGGUGGGGAACGUGGACCCAGAUACAGAGAUCACCUUCCAGUUUGGAGCCAAGGAACAGCAGGAUAAAGAUGUGUCAGCGCCAGUCGCUGGAAGCCGUGUGGCCAUCCAGCUGCAGAUCAGGUAUCGGCAGAGGGAGGGACAGACGAUGCUCAGAGUGAUCACCACAGGCCGAGAUGUUACUGAUGACAGCUCGACGGCCCUGUCCUCUCUCUCCCUGGCCAUCAUUCAGCUCAACUCGUCACAGGCCAGCGCCACUCUGGCUGUCAGAGGUCGCUUCCUCGAUGCCAGGAGGGAAGGGGAGCUGCAGAGGAAGCUGAUUGAGAGAGCCAUAGAGCAUAAUCACAGUGCAGAGGACCAUCAAACAUACCAACAAUGGAUUAAGACCAUGGAGCCAAUAUACAGCCACAUAGAUAACAUCACAAGGAGGAAAUCUGUCAUUUCAGACUCAGAGUCUCUAACAGACGCUGGUGCAGCACUGUUCUACACUAUGAAGCAGAGUAACAGGAAGACCAUCUCGCUGAAGAAUAAACACAAACUUUAACCAACUGUCAGCCAUCCC